UUUGCUGUUUCCUUGGGACCAGAAGAGAGGUAAUAUGAAGUUCCAUACAAUGAUUGCUGUCUUUUUGGUAAUGCUCUUUACUCCAUCCCUGGCAGAGAAGGACCAGACUCCGUUCCCUAAUGUAACCCAUGAGGACCACAGCACCAAUGUCAAUAUCCAUGGCAGCAUCAUUCUCAUCCAUGACACUAAUCCUUGGAGUGAAUGGGAUGGCAUCUUGGAUUACAACCGUGGUUAUCUGGCCGCCAAACUGUACAGUAAGAAGGCCUGUGCGCUAACCAGGAUGGACAAGGGUAUCUUCCCCAGUUUGGAAAUGCUCCACAGAGCUCUGGAUAAGCAGUUACCUAGGAAUUAUGACUCCUCACAAGGUCUCACCUACAUCAUUUUACCCACCCGAGUUAAGAAUGUUGCUCAGUAUGGAAAGAGUAUCAGUGAUCUGUGUAGAGGGGUUCCUACGUACUUUGCUCAGCAACACAUUGAGGGCACUGCCCUGGCACUGGAUCCCCAAUCUUGCUUUAAAGCACGAAUUUUUGCAAACACAUACAGUUUCGGCAUUUCCAUCUGUGGAGAGAUUCCAGGUCUCUGA